GCCUGGAAGCAUACCAGCGAGCGAGCAAGAGAGAGAGAGAGAGAGAUGUUUCCCUGCCUUUAUUUCUUCCCUGCGUUGUAUCUUAACCGAGCAGAACCGUGACUGCAGGACAUCAUCACGAUAUCUGAUACACACACACGUAUAGCCUAUGGAUGCUACGGACAUGAAAGAAGAUAACGUUUGUAAAAUUUUAACGUUUAACGUUUUAACGCACUAAGGGAUAUAAGGUGUGGAGACCGAUCACCUCACGCAGAGCGGAACGGACUCAGGAGAGGAUUUGAGCCUUUUUUUUCUCCAUUUGCGCUGCAAAGUUAUAAGAAAUCUGGGAACUUGAAUCGUGACAGAAUGGAGGAAUCUGGUGCGUUAUUUUGUGCAUUCGGCGCACGUUGCGCUACCAGGAUAUGGUGCUGCUGGAAGGGUUUCUUUCUUCUCAGUGUCUUCUUUCACAUGUACCUGAGCUCCUUGCUGGACUGUCCGCCCACCUGUACCUGCUCGCCCACAGAAAUCUACUGCAAUAAGUCUGACAUCAGUAAAGUCUUCCCGCUGUUGUCAUUCCAAGUCACCGGCAGCGCCGGGAACAGUACCGGGGGCAUCGAGGAUCUUUUCCAGAACAUUACCUCAAUAUACAUUGAGUCCUGGACGGGUCUGCAAAGCUUGAGGGAUGUGGAUAUGGAGCUCUACACCGGCUUAGAGAGGCUCACUAUAACAAGGAGCAACCUGCAUACAAUCCAUACUCGUGUUUUCUCCAAGAACCCCCACUUGCGUUACAUAAACCUGUCCAAGAAUCCCAUGUUGUCCACAUUAUCCUGGCAGAUCUUUGAACCUGUGCAGCUCUUUGAACUUCAUUUAGAGGAGGUGGUGUUCACCUGCGGCUGUGAGAUCCGCUGGCUGCAACUAUGGCAACAGAGAGGGGAGGCAGGUCUAAGCAGCCAACAGUUAUAUUGUGCUGAUGGCUACGGGAAGAUAAUGUUGCGUGAUAUGAACAUUAGCAGUUGUGAUUUGCCAGAUAUCAGUGUCAGCCACAGCAACCUCACAGUUAUCGAGGGUGAUCAUGUAACUGCAACCUGCAAUGGCUCUGGAUCCCCAUUACCUGAGGUGGACUGGCCUGUGAAUGGCUUACACUCCAUAAAUGCACAAGAGGCUACAGUCUUCGACAACAACACCAUUCAUUCCAUCAACAUAACUUUGGUCAAUGUAAGCAGAGACGACAACAACUUCCUGCUAACUUGCACUGCCACCAACAUAGUGGGCAUGACCAAUGCUUCUGUCCAACUAACAGUUCACUUUCCUCCCUCCAUUGUGAAGCUGAAGGAGCCAGAACGGCGCCAUGAUACUUGCAUAGAGUUCACGGUUCGGGGUUCACCCCACCCAACCUUACGAUGGUUCUACAGAGAAAAGGAAAUUUCCCACACUGAGUAUGUGCGCACUGAUAUGGAUAUUUACCAGGACUAUAUAGAGGGCUGUCUAACCUUUAAAAACCCAACACACCACAACAAUGGAAACUACACUUUGGAAGCCACCAAUUACCUGGGGGUAGCCACCUUUACUGUGUAUGGGCAUUUCCUUGACAAGCCCUUUGAGGAUCCAGAUCCAGAUUAUGAUUAUGUGACCCCGACUGCAGAGACACAUAAGCCUGAGAAGGAUACGUUUGGGGUCUCAAUAGCAGUAGGCCUGGCAGUGUUUGUCUGUGUGAUGCUGGUGGUUCUCCUUCUCCUCAUCAACAAGUAUGGACGACGCUCCAAGUUUGGAUUGAAAGGACCAGUAGCAGUGAUAAAUGGUGAGGAAGAUUCUGCCAGCCCACUUCAUCAUGUGAAUCACGGGAUUAUCAGCCCCUGUACGCUGGAUGCAGGGCCAGAUUCUGUGUUGAUUGGAAUGAACAGAAUCCCUGUCAUAGAGAACCCACAGUAUUUCAGACAUGGACACAACUGUAACAAACCCACCACCUACGUUCAGCAUAUUAAACGACGGGACAUUGUCUUGAAAAGGGAGCUGGGAGAGGGAGCCUUCGGCAAGGUCUUCCUGGCUGAAUGUUACAACUUGAGUCUUACCAAGGAUAAGAUGCUGGUAGCUAUAAAGACUCUGAAGGAUCCCACUCUUGCAGCUAGGAAAGAUUUUCAGCGUGAGGCAGAGUUGCUGACGAACCUCCAGCAUGAACACAUUGUAAAGUUCUACGGAGUGUGUGUGGACGGAGACCCACUCAUCAUGGUCUUUGAGUACAUGAAGCACGGAGAUCUCAAUAAGUUUCUCAGAGCCCAUGGGCCAGACGCCAUUAUCCUGGUGGAUGGACAACCUCUACAGACCAACGGAGAGCUGGGUCUGUCACAAAUGCUUAACAUAGCGAGUCAGAUUGCAGCUGGAAUUAUCUACUUGGCGUCUCAACACUUUGUGCACCGUGAUCUGGCAACCAGGAACUGCCUGGUUGGGAAUGGCAUGCUGGUGAAGAUAGGAGAUUUUGGCAUGUCCAGAGACAUUUACAGCACGGAUUAUUACAGGGUGGGAGGUCACACCAUGCUGCCUAUCCGCUGGAUGCCCCCCGAGAGCAUCAUGUACAGGAAGUUCACCACGGAGAGUGAUGUAUGGAGCUUUGGAGUCAUUCUGUGGGAGAUCUUCACUUACGGCAAACAGCCUUGGUUCCAGCUCGCCAAUAAUGAAGUGAUAGAGUGUAUUACUCAGGGGAGGGCACUUGAGUGCCCCUGGCUGUGUCCCAAGGAAAUCUACGAUAUUAUGCUGGGCUGCUGGCAGAGGGAGCCACAACAGCGCUUCAACAUUAAGGACAUUCAGAAGAUGCUCAUAACUUUAAUGAAGGCCACACCAGUCUAUCUGGAUAUACUAGGAUAGGAAAGGAUAAAAGGUGUUUUUCAGGUUGGACUCAAUCCAAAUUACGUUAAUAGAAACUAGUACACUGGAUCAGAGGUAAAUUGAUUGAUUUGGAGCCACAAUUAGCCAUGGAUUCACAACAUAGCCUCUGAUGGAACCAUGUAAAUCAGAAUUAGACAAUGACCCGUAUCUUGUAUCCAAUUACCUAACCUAUGAGGAUUGGAAUUACUUAAAGUGGAGUGAUGUGUGUUUAGCUGGGUUGGAAUUAACAGGAUUACACAGCACUGCAUUACAAUAUAAAGUAAAUGAAGAGCAAAUGGCUUUGGCCUACCUUCCAUGACUGGGUCCGGACUUGUGUGGUCAGGUCUUGCCCCUUUUCAAAAGAACUCAUGACUACAAGGACUUGACUAUGUAGUAUGGAUUGCAUCAAACUGGAAUUAACUGGAUUAACCUGAUUGUACGGGUCUGGUUUGGGUUUUUUAUCCUUAUAACUUAGGUAAAACAUUUUAUCCAUGAUAUCGUAGCCUAUGCAUUCUCAUUUCACCCUGUCCAGAUCAGUGAAGCUUAAUUUCUAUCCUAGUUUUUUCUAUCCUAACCUGGCCAAGUCUGGUAGAGUUUGGAUUGGCUUUUUUUUUAAUAUCCAGUCCUAGAUUAUAUUGAUUUCACCCUAACAUGAUUUAUUAAUGUUCCUAUAAAUCAAUGAAAGGAUGAUGGGCCAGUCCUGGCUUAACUUUAAGUGAAUGCAGUAUUUACAUGACCAUCAGUAAUGCUUUUUCAUGUUUUUCAUGAAGUCAUUGUGGAAGCAAGUCAACAAGAAAGAGCAAGUGUAGAUGAAUCAAAUAAGUAUUUGUAUAGCAGCCACUGUGUGCUUGUCUAGUGUAAACAUGCUUCAGAAUCUUCAUCUACAAAGCCUUCAUAAAUACUCCAUCCACUCUGAGUCUCAUGUUGGUCUACCAAGUUGUUCACUAAUGCAAGCGCCUAACCAGACCCUCCGUGACUGAGCCUUGAGACAUGGCCUUAGUGAUUGUCUAUCGGCCCAGAGAUGGACCAAAGUGCCUCCUAAUACUUUCUAAACACUGGAGACAAAAGGAAAUAGUCUUAGAAAAAGCACUUUUACUUUGUUUUUACUUUUACCUUUGUUUACCUGCUUAAAAUGUACACUAGCUGUAAACUGUCCUUGUUUUUCUUACAAACAAAUCCACUGUUAAUAUUCUAUGUAUAUAGCAAAAAUGCUCAAAAAUAUGAAAAAAACAAUUUGAAUGAUUCAGAAAAGUAAACCCUUUAUAUAUAUAUAUAUAUAUAUAUAUAUAUAUAUAUCAAAAAUGCCCAAAACAAAGAUUGUAUACCCUUUACAGCUUGAUAAGAACAUCCAACUACCCAAGAUGGAGUUACAUUUUCAGUUCUUUUUUUAAAUACAUUUUUAUUGCCUAUUACCUGUAUAUUUUUUACAUUUUUUUUUUAAUCAAAGAGUGGACCUCUGCCAUGCUCCAAAGCCAUUGGAAUAUUCUGCCAUUGGGUAGCACCAAACUUAUCAUCAUUAAGGAUAACAUUAAAAAAUAUGCGUUUUAACUUGGAUCCACAUUGGAUCGAUAUAAGAUCCUACACAAGAGCAACAAGAACUUUAUGACAACAGAAAGUGUUCAUUAACAACACCCUGUAACUUAAAGAAUGUAUCUACUGUAAGUCUAUACGUCUUGAGAUAUGUUAACUGAUUUUGUCUUCCUUUAUUAUUUUUAGCCUCUUGAUGUGUUGUCAUAUGGGGAUGUGAAAGCCAAUAGAUAUUUUGAUAAUUUUUCUUCCCUUUGUAAUAUGCUAUUAACAUUUACUUUAUCUGGCCACAAAGUAUUUUUAAUAUGAUAAUACAUGUUAAACAGUCGGGACAGUAAAGGAAAGAUUUGAAGUUAACUGGCUGUUGUUUUGGCAGUGAUAGUAUUUGAAACACUAGGUCAGAUUGAAAUCUGUUUAUUCUUUGGGUGUCCAGUGUUUUAAUCCUAGCUGUCUCAGCUUGAGACAUGAAACUCACAGUCAGCAGCAAAAUGGACUAUAAUUAUGUGUACAAAUGUGUAAUCUUUCUAAAAGUCAACACAGGCUGAAUGAACUGAGAAAGGUUUAUCAGUUUAUUAAGGUUUAACAGCUGUGUCUGAAAGCUGUGAGAAAUCAACGUGUAAGCCACUGUCAAACUAUUGAGUGUACUAUUGUUUGAUUGCUGUUAUCUCAGAAGUUUCUUCAAAGUGUCUUUGUGCUAUAACAUUGAACACCAUUACUACUGUAAUUAUAAGUGUCUGAUUUCUGAUGUAACUGUAACCUCACUAAAUGGUCAUAUUCUGGUAGGACAUUUUAAGCAGGAACAGGAAACUCAUGAGUUACAGUAGUAGUGCAACAGCUCACUUCAUGUCUUUCACACUACAGAAAAAAAUUGUUUCUCUUACUGUGAAUGUUUGUUUUAUUUGAAUGACCUCCAGCUAGUUUCACCUGCAUGGUUAGUCGGUUCUCAGGUGGAGCGGCUUUAUUAGAAUCUCUCUUUGCAUGUUCAUAUGAUUAGUCAUUUAUGUGUAGCUCCUUACAUGGAGAUAGUGUAGAAAAAGUGUUCGCACUAUGUUUGUGGUACGCAGCCUGAAAAGCCCUACUUCAUGGUUAGCCAGUAUGUAUACAUACUGCAUGUCAGAAUGAUCAAACAUUUCCUUAUAGUGUUCAAGCUAAACAUGAUUUAAAAAACUGCCUUGCAUUAUUCACUAGAAUUUCUCUGGAGGCAUGUUUGGAUACCCCAUUUGUUAGCCUCAGAAAGUACUACAAAUACACAUGUUAACUGAGGGCUAGCUAUCGAUGGGUAUGCUCAAAUUUGAAUUUUUCGAUCAAUGUCUGAGGACAAUCAAAUGAGUUCAGAACACUGCAUUUUUCAGUAGCAAUUUCUGACCCUCACUUUUCUUGAUCACCGGCUAUUGAUUUAUCCCUGAUUUACCCCCCCUCCUCUCUGAAAUGUGUCUAGUAGAUUAAAGGAGAACGUCUACUGCAUCUGAGUGUAACUAGCAAAACGCUGUAUGGUUUAAUCAAGUAAGACUCGUGAGACAUAAUUUCCACUCAUUUUAAAUGUUCUGUUCAUUGACUUUUAACACUUUUUACAGUUUGUAACAGGGUCACCCACUGCCAUUUGUACUAAUUGUACAAUCCACCUUGUUAAGUGACCUUGCCACAUGGUGUUCUCACUCUGUAUAGAAAUGGAGCACCUACAGCAAAUAGACAGUAGACAUUGAUGUAGACAUUGUAGUAGACGUUGACCAAAAAGGAUUUAUAAAUUCAUCACUUUUUGAAUGAAUAUUAUAAUUAUUUGCAAAAUGUCUCAUAGGCAGAAAAUCCUAGUUAGAUUAGAAAUUGUAAUUUAAUUUUUCAUAGACUCAGAGUGUUUCUCUUGAACUAAGCAAGAAAAUCCCAGCUGAAACGCAUGCUGGAGGCAUCGUUUCAGUCAGUUGGGGUCAUGAUUAGGAUCCAGUGGCCUCAUUCAGGGCCAGUUCAGGAAGCAGUGUGCCCUUGUGCCUUUGUAUGGAGCGUGUCUUUUUCUUGUGAAGUAAGAUGAAAAUCAAAGUGCAGCAGGGGUUGUGCCCCAUUACCUGGUAAGUUUACAAAAAUAAUGACGAUAAUAAUAAUAAUUAAAGACAACAUUAGCCAAAAACAGUGUGUUCUCUCCUCCUGAAACCAAAAAUAUACAUCUACAUUGUUGGUGUUUGGGACUAGGGCAGAAAUGGAUGUUGACCCCAUCUUGUUUGCUAAGACAUCUCGUAUGAUCACAGCAUUAAGCUUGCAUUAAUUGAGUCUCAGAUAUAUAAGUACACCAAAUGGUAUAAUUUCUUAGGGUUAAAGGAUUUCGUUAUAUUUUUCUCUUUGAUGACUCAUACAAGUUCUUUUCUUCUUUCUUCCUCAUUCCAUGCUAUUCAUUCUACUUUAUCUGCUCAUGUUUUCUUUCAUUCUAAAUCCCUUUACCUGAACUAUUUUCCUGCACCAUGUUUUCCGUAUAAAGUAUAUAAGCUGAAUAUGUUAAAAUCAUUGUAACUCAAUAAUAAGUCUGUGUCAUUCCUGUCCGUUCUCUCUCUCUCUCUCUCUCUCUCUCUCUCUGUCUUUGUUAUGUGUUGUAUAUUUGUCUCCAUACUAUUAUUUAUGACUCAAUGUAUUAGAAUAAUUUGACAAUUUAUAUAAUGUAUUUUUAAACAGAUAAGGUGUAGUGAACUUUUAAGCUGGUUCGAUGAAUGAUUCUAUCUUAUUAAAAGUUCAUCAUCUUUGAA